AAUCAAAACGGGACAUAAAAGCCAUGGAAUCAAUUUGAGAAUCAGCCUUUGGUAUGGAUUAGCUAGCGAUUAUGAGAUAAUCAAAGAAAGAACAAGCUGAGGCAAAAGGAAGAAACAAAGACGGAAGAAGAAGAGUAAGAGUACUAGAUCAUGCCUAGUAGUGUACAAGGAUUCCAAUCCAACAAAGAUUGCUGGGGUUUAGAAGAUGGGUCGUGGACGGUCAAGUUUAUUGAAGGAAUUGGGAGAAAGAGUUCCUAAAUUCUACCCAAGGGACACCAACUUUGUAGCGGGGGCAUCAAUUACAGAUAGUGCUAUUGAAAACUGCAACAAAGGGUUUCAUAACAAGGAUAGAGCCAUUUCAACUUUAGAUGCAUGGAAUCUCAUUGAGGAAAUGGGUUUAGGUGCUGAUGGGAAUGAAGAUGAAAUCAUCAAGAAGAUUGAGUUGAUGGAGUAGAGGAACAUUAAUGCUAAAAAACAAGCAUUGGAAAGGAAUAUGUUGAAUGGUGGUGAGGUAUGUCUAUUUCAUCCAUGAUUAUUCUCUCUUAUAAUGUGUGAGGCUUGGGUGGUUUUGGUAAGAAAAGAGAAGUAAAGGAAUGGGUAGCAAAGGAAAAAGUGUAGUUUUUAGCUUUGCAAGAGUAAAAAAUAAACAAGUUAGUCAUCAUACUUGUAAAGCUUUAUGAGGUAUUGAUGAUUUUGAAUUUGUGGCUACACCCUCUAUUGGUUGUUUGGGUGGAUUGAUUGUGUUUGGGAUAAUAAUGUUUUCAAGCUUAAAUAGAAUUUUUAGUGGAGAACACUACUUGGGUUUGUUUGGAUUAUGGGGAACGAACAAGAUGCCAGUGUACCUUAUAAAUGCCUAUGGUCCUU